CAAAUCCUUACUGUCACCAAAUCAAAACCUUCAUUUCAUCUGCUUCGCAUUAUUUCUCUGAUUCAAGAAAAAUGACGGUCGAGAAACCACAAGAAAUGACCGGCGAUACAAACUCCGACGGAUUCCUAACUAACAAAGACGUUCACAGAAUAAAGCAUCCAUCGCUAGAUACCAACGAUAGUUCCUCCAGCCGAUACUCCGUCGAUUCUCAGAAAUCAAGAAUAGGACCACCGCCUGGGACUUACGUCAUCAAACUCCCUAAGGAUCAGAUCUACCGUGUUCCUCCACCGGAAAAUGCUCACCGUUACGAGUAUCUCUCUCGCCGGAAAACAAACAAAUCGUGUUGCCGGCGAUGUUUAUGCUAUUCCCUCUCUGCUUUACUCAUCAUUAUCGUCCUCGCAGCGAUUGCCUUCGGAUUCUUCUACCUCGUUUACCAGCCGCAUAAGCCACAGUUCUCCGUGAGUGGAGUCUCCGUCACCGGAAUCAACCUGACGUCAUCUUCUCCGUUUUCUCCGGUGAUCAGAAUCAAGUUGCGAUCUCAGAACGUUAAAGGUAAACUCGGUUUGAUAUACGAGAAAGGAAAUGAGGCUGACGUGUUUUUUAACGGAACCAAACUUGGGAACGGCGAGUUCACGGCGUUUAAGCAGCCGGCGGGUAAUGUAACGGUGAUCGUGACGGUGUUAAAGGGAUCGAGUGUUAAGUUAAAGAGCUCGUCGCGUAAAGAGUUAACGGAAUCGCAGAAGAAAGGAAAAGUGCCGUUUGGUCUCAGAAUUAAAGCGCCGGUUAAGUUUAAGGUUGGCUCCGUUACAACGUGGACGAUGACCAUUACGGUGGAUUGCAAAAUAACAGUGGAUAAGUUAACGGCGUCAGCAACUGUGAAGACGGAAAAUUGCGAAACGGGCUUGAGCCUGUUGUAAAAUUUGAGCUAGUUUUGUUUAUGCCUUGAUGGGCUUUGUUCGAAUUAUGUUAUUUUUAGUUUGUUUGAUUCAAUAUAUAUUUUUGAAUUAAAAUUGAAAUUUGCUC